GGGGAAGCAUGGUGUUCACAGGUGCUGCUGGUCUGUGUUUAGAAGAAUGUGCAGGAUUGUCUACUUGGGAAAAUGCCUGUUCAUAAUCAUUACAUCACCUGGGCUCUGCAGGUCAUGGUCGGCCAAGAAAUGUGCUCAUUUCUACCAUAAAAUGCCAGCAUCUAGGCAUGUUCCCUAGUGGGCAGCAGUGGGCCUUUAGGCCAGCUGAUGCUCUGAGUGAUGGCGGAGCGGUGCGGCUAGAAUCUUCCUGGUCCUGUGUCUCGGCAGUAUAGUGAAAUGAUGAUUAUACCCGCUUCCUGGGUUGCUCAGUGAAUAUUAAAUGAGUCAGUGCCACAAAAUGCUUACAGCAAUGCUGGGCUCGAGUCACCUGCUCAAAAGCACAUGAACACUGCUGUCCCCCAGGUACUGACCAGGUGCUCAGCUCUGUGCUGGACAAGCGGACGGAGGCUGACCCAUCCUCCAAGUCACUGAAGCGCCCCUUGUCCAGCUCAGUUUUUAUCGUGUUCUGCAUCAGCACCCUGUUCUGUGUUCAUGAAUCCUCCUCCCUGCCCCAGCCCCCAGAAUCACAGCCCAGGAAGUCAGAGCUUUUUAUCUGCUUUGUCACACGUAUCCCAGCACCAGGAAUGGUGCCUGGCGUGCUUGGCAAAUAUUGGGUAAGUGAAGCUUAUGCGUCUGAGUGGAGGGCAGACCUCAAAUAAGAAACUGCAGAGAGUUAGAACUUCUUUGAAGAAAAAAAAAAAAACCAGGGUCACACGACAGAGAAGGGACUGUGUUGCCCAGUAUGCUCAUGGGAGGGAAGCUAAGGGAGCAGGUGACACAGACUGAAACACCAGCCAUGAGAAAUGGAGGACCGUGUCCUGGCAUAGGGAACAGCACUUGUUUUGGGGAACACCGGAGAGGCCUGCGUGAGUCUGGAGGGAGGCCACAGCACACAGGACCUCACAGGCCAGAGAGAACCUUCAGGCUUUGUUCAGAGCCUGUGGGGGCCCCACAGUUUUGAGGGCUCACCCUGCUGUGAUUUGGACUGUGGGGUAGGCUGGGCUUUGGGGACCAGCAAGCGGCUCUGUGCCAGACAGCAGCCUUAGGGACCAUGGGGUGUUAGAAUUUGAGGGACUGAAUGUUAGGUGAGGAAGGAAGCAGGGAGGAGGCUGGGGGAAGGAGUUGUUCUUCAGUCCUGGGCUGGCUAAGAGAUCGGCACCCAGGCCUCAAGCGUACCACCUAUCUUGGCCCUGGAAGCCCCCCUUCCCCACCCUGCUGUGUUUUCUGGCCAGUCUGCCCCUCAGGAAAGGCCACGGACCCAGCUGGAACCUGCUGCCUGCCCCUGGGGGAGGGGUGUUUGUCUGUUGCCAGGCACCCAGGUUCCACCCGGGGACUUGGCACAGCCAUGCUGCUCACACCGUUCAUCCUGCUACUGCUGCCCCUGCUGGCGAUGCCAGCCCCCUCCCAUGCCUGGUCACGGCCCCUGUGGUACCAGGUGGGGCUGGACCUACAGCCCUGGGGGUGUCAUCCGAACACCUUGGAAGGCUGUGGGGGCAGUCUGGGCUGUCCUGGCCACUGGAUGGGCCUGGGGAUGAACCGCAUCUACCCUGUGGCUGGGGUCACACUCACCACCACCAUGAUGCUGAUGGUCAGCCGUGCGGUGCUACAGCGGUGGCGCUCCCAGGGCACUAAGUCUGAGCACCCACAGGUGACCACCAGCCCCUCCGGACCCUGGAAACGGCGGAAUCCGAUCUCAGACCGCGCCCUGCUCAUUGGGGUCCUGCACAUGCUGGAUGCCCUCCUGGUCCAUAUUGACUGCCACCUGCGGCAUAUAACCACCAAACAGAAAACCCCAAUAAAGGGGUCUCCCACCCAGAGUGGGUGACCCAACAUAUG